UCCGUAUUUCCGAGAAAUAAAAUUUCAAACGAGAUUGUGCUAGGUGGAGCUGUAACUUAGAUGUUUUGUUAUACAUUACAUUUUAUUUAAAAUUUAUAAUUUAAAUAGAUUUUUCCAUCAGUAAUAUGAAGUUAUCGCCAAUAUCUAAGUAAAACACCACAGCAACAGAAAGUGCUAGUAAUCCAGAACUGGGCAUCAGUGGACAAAUAUAGCCAAGAUGUCACUGUGGGCGAGAGCUCAACAGCUGCCUCCAGAGAGCCUUCAAAAGGUCCGAGCCAUCUAUGGAGAUCAUUUUCCUAUUGAAGUUCGCCAUUGUCUGGCAACAUGGAUAGAAAGUCGCAUUUGGACCCCGGAACCAGAGGAGCAGCAAAGGUUCUUUGUUGAGGAGCUAGUUCAAGAGAUUCACACCAAUGCUGAGCUGAUGUUGUCUCCUGAGAUGUUUGUUACCAAGAUGAAGUUGCUUGAAGCGGCUAAGAUCUUCAGAAUGCAGUAUGGGCAUGCCCCUCACGAGCUGUACACGUACAUGCGCCGUUGUCUCGCAAUGGAAGUGGAGGUGAUACAGGCCGCGAUGGGCCCGUAUGCUGCUCAGCCGCAGACUGAAAGGAAAUAUAGUGAGCUGAUUACGGGCUUACAAAAUGUCCGUCAGAAAGUGAAUAUGGCAAGUGAGGAAAUACGGAGCUUGCAAGCCAACAUUGAAUCAUUCUCGCUCCAGUACCACGAGUGUCUCAAGAAUAAAGGACAUAUAAAUUACUUGCAACAAUCGGGUCCUAUGACGAACGAACGCCGAGAGCUAGAAGCCUGCCUUCGUGUGCAGAUUGAGGAAAUGGAACGAAAACUUAAUGCUCUGGUCGCACAGAUCAACCAGUCGCAAAUGGAGCUGGUUGACCAUAUGAAGGAAAACAUCGCUAAUUUGAGACAACUCCAGAGCCAAGUUCUCGAUGAAGAGCUUAUUAAAUGGAAACGUGAGCAACAGUUAAGCGGAAAUGGCGUUCCAAUGCAAUCUAACCUCAACACGAUACAAGAAUGGUGCGAACUCCUUGCCGACUUAAUAUGGAGUACUAGACAGCAAGUGAAUAACGUUGCAAGAAUCAAUAGCAAGACGAUCGUCGAGCUGCGGCAGCCGCAUUUGGUGGAAAUGCUCGACGAGAUGAGUAAACAGGUGACAAGUUUGUUAUCUACGCUGGUGACUUCCACGUUCGUAAUUGAGAAACAACCACCACAAGUUAUGAAAACUAAUACACGUUUUACGGCAACCGUUCGCCUGUUGGUGGGCGGUCAACUCAAUGUACACAUGACUCCGCCACGAGUUACCGUGGUGAUAAUAUCCGAGCAACAAGCUCAAUUGUUAUUGAAGAGUGAUUCCCAAAGUGGACGCGGGAAGCAGCCCGUGGAGUGUGGAGACAUCCUCAAUAACAGCGGGUGUAUGGAGUACCAGCCUACCAGCCGGCAGCUUAGCGUCAGUUUCAGGAACAUGCAGUUACGCAAAAUUAAGCGAGCGGAGAAGAAGGGAACAGAGAGUGUGAUGGAUGAGAAGCUUACUCUUCUAUUUCAGUCUGAGUUCAACGUCGGGGGAGGGGAACUUGUCUUCCAGGUGUGGACACUAUCUCUUCCAGUAGUGGUGAUAGUCCACGGCAAUCAGGAGCCCCACGGCUGGGCCACAGUCACAUGGGACAAUGCUUUUAGCCCCCCAGGCAGGGUCCCCUUCGCUGUUCCCGAUAAGGUGACUUGGUGUCAGUUGGCUGAAACUCUACGCAUCAAAUUUUGUUCAGCAACUGGUGGGGAUCUGUCCGAGGAUAAUCUGAGGUUCCUGGCCGAGAAGAUUUUUAGUAUAAUCUCCAGGACAAGUCUCCCCAUGAACACCAUGGAGCUGAACGCCAUGACAGUCAGCUGGACCCAGUUCUGCAAAGACGCCCUACCGGAACGGAAUUUCACCUUCUGGGAGUGGUUUUACAUGGUCGUCAAGGUCACGAGGGACUAUCUGAGGACGCUCUGGUGUGAUCGUUUGAUAAUGGGUUUCAUCCAAAAGAAGCAAGCAGAGGAAAUGUUAGCCAAAUGUCCUCCUGGGACAUUCCUUCUUCGCUUCUCGGAUUCUGAACUCGGUGGAAUCACUAUCGCCUGGGUUGGAGAUGGCAACGAAGUGUUCAGCCUCCAGCCGUUCACAUCCCGUGACCUGAUGCUGCGGUCCCUGGCCGACCGAAUCCUGGAUCUGUCCCAGCUGCAGUUCCUUUACCCCAACGUGGCCAAGAAUGAUGUCUUCUCCAAGUAUUAUACUAAGCCUGAAAAUGACGUCCUAAAGAACGGCUACGUGAAGCCUGUGUUGGUGACGACGUUGCCCCCUUACAUGUCCCCCUCUCCGGCCUACGCGCAUUCACCAGACUCGCACCGCAACACGCCGUCCGUGCACAACAGGUACAUGAUUGACUAUUGAAGCAUGAAGAUUUAGUUUAAGUUUGUUUUAGUAGUCACAUCCAUUUUUUUAAGUAUUAUUUUUCCAAAAGAAUCAAGACUGCUUUUUUAAAAUGAAAAAUAAAAAAAUCUCAAUUUGAUAAAAAAAAUGCAAUAUUUUAGUAUUUUUAUUAGAUUUAAGUUUUGUGAUUUAUUAGUAGAAUAGGUAUAGAGUUAAGGACGUGGAUUGGCUUUGAAUUAAAUUUCAGCUUAUUCAAAAUUAAGUAAUUUUCUUUCUUAGGAAAGCUAACAAAAUUCAUAUAAAAAUGUCUCAAAGGUCUACUACGGUACUACUAAAGAGCUACCGUCAUAAUAUCUAAAGUAAAAUCAACCCUAUAACAUUGAGAGUAAAGACCAAAUUAGCUUUUGAAUUUGGACUAAAUUAUGCAUCGACAUAAAUACCCAAGAUUUAUCGAUAAUCUCACCCAGCUCUCUGAAGAGCAGAUAGCUUGGGUCGAGUCCUUAAUUCUCGUGAUUUUUUAUGGUGUUAAUAUUUUAUGCGAAUACUCUCAUAUUAUGCAUAAAAUCUAAAUCGAAGUUUUACUUAAGCAUUUCUCUCUUUGGCAAAUUGAGCUUACGAUGUGCUAGAUAAUGUUUUAUGGAUGUACCCUCAUAUUUGUUAAAUCAGUCUAAUUUCGACGACGUAAAGUAUUUAUCGCUUUUUGACAAAUUGUUAUGACGAUAUGAACGUAAGGCAGUUUUAGGUAAUACAGUUGAGAGCUUAAGAUUUUUACACAUGAGGGUAGUUCACGAAAAUUGUUAAGCUAUAACAACACAUACUUAUUUAUACAUUUAGUUUUGUCUUUUAAUUUAUAUUUUUAUGAUUAUUUGCGAAAUUGAUGUUUGUAAGACUUAUGACUUUCAAUAGGGACCAAUAAUUAGAUUUCCAGUUUUUGUCAUUACCUUAGUCUAUCUGUACUAUAACAUGCACUGUAGUCAUCAAAAAUAAAUUGAAUACUAUUCAAGAGUUCAGGGUCGAAAAAUCUGAUAUUACACAUAUACAUUAGACUACAUCCAUCUUCGUAUACGAUUCAAAAUCGAGACUCCAGAAAUCGAACUUAGCGCAUAUGAGUCAUAUAUCAAAAUCGUAAUACGACCGGGAAUAGUUCGUGUUAUUACGUACUACGAGUACGUAAUAACACUUGGGUUACGUGUUGGGAACGUAGAUGUACGAGCCUACUAAGCCCAAGUGUUUAAAAUGAUGUAAUAUUUUUUAUAGUUGCGGUACGACCAUCCUUCAACUAUAAAGAGGACCAAAAGUGUAAAAUAUACAAAGUGUAAUGGACCGAAAAUUUUACCUUGUUGCAAUAUUGUUUGUGUAUUAAAAAUGAUAAUCAGUCAAGACAGUCUUAUCGCUCUUGUGUCAGUAAGAAAAUAUAUUUCUUAUACAUAAUAAUUAAUACCAUCAUCCCUCAAUUAUAUAUAAUUUUAAAGUUCAAGGUGUACGUUUUUGACUGGUUAUGUAGGCACCGCAAACGUGCUGCAAGUAUAAUGCGUGCUCGCGUCAUACUUCAUUAACUUUAAAGUAACGACUGAUUCUUAAAACUCAAUUUUGUCGCUUUAGUCCCAUUUCAUGCAGGAAUCUCUUAAUUUUAUUUAAAAUUUUCGGUUCUCAUUACAUUAUGGAGAGAAAGUGUGUCUAUAUAGACAAUUUUACGAAGUUGAUUGUUAUAACUAAUUGAUGUUUUCGAUGGUAUGUAGGUAGGAAUCAAAUUGGUGUUAAAUGUUGUGGUUCCCUUGCCAAAAUAAAUUUUAGACAUGUCUUCAUCAUAGAAAAGGAGAAAUAUCGCUGUAUUUUAUUUGAAAUGUCAAAUGUCAUUUAUAUGUCAAUUGUUUUCCCGAGAACGCAAAUUAUUGCUUGACAAGUAUUUUAUUAUAGUUUUGACGAGAUUAAGAUUAACUGACGUCCAGUUGCGAAAUUUCAUAUUGAUUUUACUAUAUUCAGAUUUUUCAGUGAAUAUGCUAUUUUUAUGUCGCAGCCAAGCUUAAUAAUUCCAUUCAAUUAACAGCCUAGCCUUUUUACUAAAUAGCGCCGUUUAACUAGCGGCCUUAAAUAUAUUCAGCCGUACAGUAUAUAACAACAUUUAAUAAACAGGCUGUUUAAUGCUUAGGCCAAUCAUACGAUAGAGUGGUAGAAAUAAUAGAGAUUAAACAUCUGACAUUACAAAUAUUUCUUCAAAAAUUAAAUUGCUUGAGUCAAUCACAGCUAAAUUCACAUUAUUUUUUUCACUACACUCAUCAAAGUUGUAGUUUCCGCGCCAUAUUGACAGUUAGGAGAGUUUUGUUUCGAGUUUGAGAUUGGCAGAAAGUAAAACUAAAUUUAAAUGAACAGUAAACAGGUUAGGCAAGUAAUGAACGUCAUCGAAGCAAAUCAUUUGCCUAGCUGUUUGAUCAACUGGCCUAUAUAUAUAAUAUAUAAUAUCUUUGAGGCCGCUACUUAAACGGCGAUGUUUAGUUAAGAGGCCAGGCUGUUUAUUCAACGGCGAACUAAGCUAGUUGCUAGACUUAGUAUCUUAAAGAAACACUUAAUGAAUUUUGAGUGCUGGGAAAAUGACAUAUUACACAAGGCUAAAAAUACGUUUUGGUAUUUAGAAAUGGACGAACUUUGACGUAAUGAAAUCAAGUAUUUGUUUAUUAUAACUAUUACUAAAAAUGCGAAGUUUCUGUUGUGAACUAUAUUCUUUUAAAUUAAAUUCUGAGGAAAUGAAGUCAAAAAGUGAUAAAAAUCCUAAUUUGUUUGGAUUUGUCCUAAUUUUUACUGAUUAUACAAUUACAAGUUAUUUACGUUCCAAGGUAAUUAAGCUUAAUAUCGAAUUUUAACGAUUGUUAACAGUAUUUUUAUAUAAUUUUAGGUUAAUAAAGGUGUCAAUUAAAAAAAACUACAUAUCACGUUUGAAAGAGUCUCGAGUUCCUUAUUUUCAGCACUACUAAUGUUUCAUACAAAAUCAAUGAAUCGUUUGAAAACGUUUUCCUAUCGUGGUUUAGGGAAUUUUUGAAAACGUUAUACAUUUUAAAAGUGAAAUUUUCCUGUUUGGGAUAGUUUUUUAAGAACAUUUAAUUGUAACCCACUCCGUCCUGAAUGUCCUGUUAUACAUAUAAAAAUUGUUUUCCGUGGCCUAUUUUCAAAUAUAUUGCUAAAAUUUUUAUAUAUCUUAAAACGUAUUUAUCCUGUAUGGUUUAAGAUUUUUUCUAUUUUUAUCUAUAUAUCGUAAUUAUUCUCGUCAUAUCGAUUUUAUUAUUUGAUCUCGAUUGAAAAUAGAGCUAUUAACAUAUCACACAUACAAUAAUUGUCCACGGUAAAUUUUCUGAGAAACCUUUAAGCUGUACCACAGACUAUUAUUUUUAAAGAUGCACAGACUACGUGAAUUUGUGUGGUGAUUUAAAGAAUAGAUGUUAAAUGCACAAAAGUAUUGUCUGAGUUUAGUAAUGAUCAGGUUUUUAAUGGAUGUGACUAUUAUAAAUAUAUAUUAAAUGUGCUCAAAGAUAUUCUUGAUAAAAUGCGUUAGAAUAUUAAGUUGAGUUAAUAUAAUAAAGGUAAUAAAAAAUGUAUACGAAAACCGCUAGAAAAACUCUGCCACUUUUUGAAUAAAGUAAUAAUUUGUGGAUUUUUUAAAUAUAUUUGUUGUGAAACACAUAGUAACUGAUAUACAUACGAAUACAUUAUUGGUUAUUCGAAGGUUUCCCGUUAAGAGGUAAUAGAAAUGACUAUUUAAAAUCAUUUUAACUACCAUAUCCAUUGUUCUCCAUCUCAAAAACUUUAAAUUUAAAGUUGCUAUGCUAAAACCGAUAAUAUUAUAUUUUUUGAGUUGGCAAUGUUUUUGGAGAAAUGCUUAUGGGGAGUUAAUUUUUUUAAGUGUUACUUGAUAAAGUAUAUCGUUUUUACUCAAGUUAAACACAGCCGAGAUUAUAUUGAACUGUGAGAUGUUAUUAUUAAUAUUAGUUUAUAUUUUACAAUCAAAUAAUUACGUACUUUUAUGAGAAUCUAUCGCAUUUUAUUAAAUUUUAUCAAACAUAAGUGUUAUGAUAUAAGCAAAAAUAAGUAUAUUACUGUUUAAUUUGACUAGAUAUAAUAAUAAAUAUACAUGACAAUGUUGUACGUUUGGAUGUAUUUAUGAUAAAUAUAUGUGAGAUUUCGAUA